ACACACGUCGCGAUACUCGCGGUUCAUAGCUGUCAGCUGUCAUCGCUGUCGUUUGCAACACGAGUUGCAGGAGCUGUCAAAAUGUUCGGCUGUUGCUGGUGUUGCGCUGCGUUACGUCCGAGGUACAAGCGGCUCGUCGACAAUAUCUUUCCGGUUAAUCCGCAGGAUGGCUUGAUCAAGAACAAUAUGGAAAAACUGACAUUCUAUUCAUUGAGCAGUCCUGAGAAGUUAGACAGGAUCGGGGAAUAUUUGUUUCAACGAGCUUCCAGGGAUAUUUACAGGAGACGAAAUGGCUUUGUCAUUAUCGCCAUGGAAGCAAUGGACCAGCUCCUGGUAGCUUGUCACGCGCAAACUUUGAAUCUGUUUGUCGAGAGCUUCUUGAAAAUGGUACAAAAAUUGCUGGAGUCCACGGAUCCUCAGUUACAGAUUCUCGCAACACAGUCUUUUGUCAGAUUUGCCAAUAUCGAGGAAGACACGCCCUCAUAUCACACCCGUUACGAUUUCUUCGUGUCGAAAUAUUCGGCAAUGUGCCAUUCCAAUAACGACGAUCCCACUACGCGCAAGCAAAUUAGGCUUGCUGGAAUUCAAGGACUGCAGGGCGUUGUGAGAAAAACUCUUUCCGACGACUUGGUGGAGAAUAUUUGGGAGCCUGUACAUAUGGACAAGAUUGUACCAUCGUUGCUGUACAAUAUGCAAAAUUCACGAUACGCCGAUAAGGAAGACGCAACACCAGACAGCCCAACCGAGGAACGAUCAGAUCCACCGCAAUUUGCGGAAACUUGCAUGAGAGAAUUGAUCGGACGCGCAUCGUUUGGUCAUAUUAGAUGCGUUAUAAGACCUGUAUUGAGGCAUCUGGACAAUCACCAGUUAUGGGUCCCGAACUACUUUGCAAUUCAUACUUUCAGAAUAAUUAUGUUCUCCAUUCAGUCGCAAUAUUCCUACACUGUAGUGGAAGCUUUAAUGACACAUCUUGACGAUCACUCAAAGUCAUCCCCUAAGAUUCGCACUAGUAUUGCGGAUACUUUGUCUAAGAUUAUAUCAAUUGCCGCAGGUGAAAGUGUUGGACCAUCUGUAUUAGAGAUUAUAAAUUCCUUAUUGUCUCACCUACGAGUUAGUGUAACGAGAAACCAAUCGUCAAGUAGUGACGAGCAAUUAUAUCAAGAAGCUCUUAUUAACGCUCUUGGAGAGUUCGCGAAUCAUCUUCCGGAUUACCAGAAAAUUGAGAUUAUGAUGUUCAUUAUGAGUAAAGUUCCAUACAGUCAGCCAGAUCGUAUCGUAUCGGUCGGCAAAGGAGACGUAUUGCUCCAGAGCAUACUUUUAAAGUCGCUAUUAAAGGUUGGCACCAAAUAUAAAACUAUCCAUUUGAACACAACAUUCCCGCCUAGUUUCUUGGAGCCAUUACUGAGAAUGUCACUGGCAGCAGACGCUGAAAUGAGACUUCUUGUACAGAAAAUAUUUCACACUUUAAUUGACAGACGGCGAAAUAUUACAAUACUCGCUAAACCAACUGUGAACGUAGCGGAGCUCGGUCUUGCUAUUGAAAAGGCAUCCAGACCUGAUGUAAUCUUUAUUCGGAAGCACGGCCCUGAAAUCUACUUAGCAUUGUACGAAUCAUUAGAGCUAUCUAGUAACACAGUAGAAAAUGUGGAAUCUAUUUAUACCACCUUGGCGUUACUUGCCAUUGAAUUGGCUUCCGAGGAAACGGUGUUGGAGUUACUGAGAUUGGUGCUGAGCUUGCAAGACUUGGCACUAACAAGUGCUCAAAUUAGUCUUCCACUUAAAUUCAAUUUACACGCAAUAGUUAUCAGUCUACUAAUCUUAAUAUCGUACGUCUGCAAUAUCACCGCUCUUAUGGAUUAUGCAAAGAAGGUGGUGGAAGCGCGUCGAAAUGAUAGUCCGCAUUUACUACCGGAUUUAAAAUCUCAAUACGAUACCGGUCUAACAUCCAGAUUAGCGCCAACUCUUUUGGUUGAUCAAACUGUUGUCAGCGAAUGCCUAAAGGGAGCCGGCCUUGAUAGUGGGAAAUUACAACAAGGUUCAGGUUACAGCGGCAAUUCUUUACAACACAGGCAUUCAUGGGUUGAUAAUACUGGGCGGAAUUCGCUAGCCGACAUUAAUUCUGGAGGUCCCGAAUUGGAUAGCGGAGGUUCAUCACCUGGUGUGCAAAAGAAAUUACCCGGAGAAGAAUUAACGUUUGAGAGCAUGAAAAGAAUUUUGACAGAGAAUAAUAAUAAUGAAAUAGUGGAAGAAGAGAAGCGAAUGCAGCUUUCUGAGUUCUUUAGAAACGCACCAUUCCAGGAAUUAGUAUCAAAAACACAACCGAAGCACGAUGUUCUACAGAGCAAAUUGUCAGAGAUAUUUAAUACGCUGUCUGUUGAUCCGCGCAACACAGUUCCUACGACCGGACCACAGACAGAUACUAAACCAAGUCAAACCCCAGCUUAUGAAAUUCAUUUCCCCGAGCUGUUUGUAUAUUAAACUGCUAGUAUUCUUGUUGCAUUAACAUUAACGUAGUGUCGCAUUAUAUAUUAAGUCCCCUAUACGCGUUACAAAUAUGAAUAGUAGCUUCUAUAUUUUAAAGAUUGAGUUAUGUACAUAAUAGAGAAACCAUUUUUAUGUUUCAUAUUGUUAGAUAUAUAUUUUUCUUGAGGUUGAUAAGUUGUUCGUACUUAUUUACUUUUAAUAUAUGAGUAGAUAUCAAAUGACAUGUGAACUGUAAUGAAAACGGUUAAUUAGUACUUUUAUAAAAUCAUCAAUGGUUUUAUAUAUCAAAUGAUAUGUAAAGAUACAUGAAUUUCUUAUAUACACAGGAUUCUAUAGAAGCAUUCAAGAUUUUAUAACGUUACCGAAUUAACUGUUUUCAUCAGUAUAGGCUGACUCUGACUAAUACGUCGAUAUCUCAGUGUGAAUUUAGAGCACAAAACGAACAAAAAAAUUUCACACGAGUAUUGACAUGAAAAAGUCACUCUAUAUAUAAAUCAGGUUUCAGCAAUUAAGACUAAAUAAUCUGGAUGUAUACGUUUCGACAGUAGGCCAGUUAAAUGUGCACUGUUAUUUAAUCCUACCUCUUGUUAAUGUAAAGUUAAAAAUUGUA